AUGCCUGACGUUUUAAUUGUAACUGCCGCGUCUACAGGCUUGCUGCUGCGUGACGUGCCUCACAUCUCCCGUUUCGUGGAGGUCCUUCCCGCAUACCCAUCUGCUGCCUCGCCGGGUGCCUUUGCACCGCGAGCAACAGGCGCCGCAACUGUAGAGGAGUCAGCAGCUGCAGCUGCUGAAGCCGCCAAGUUCCUCCCUGAAAUGACUAAGGAGGACUUAACAACUGCGGCGAUGAGCGCGAGACAGAGCUGCUGCGGCCAGUGGCUGGUGUUCGCUAAUGAGGGUGUCUGCCUCACCCACCUCUUCUUUGUUGCAGACAAAGGAGGCAGCGGCCUUUUAGAACCUAACGCCCUCUGGUGGUACUUGAAGGCCUCCGCGCGCAUCAGACCUCCGCCGAGUCAUGUGCGGCACUUCGCAGCAGCAGCAGUAGCAGCAGCAGCAACGGAUGUUCCGUUUUUUCCAUUGCUUCUGCAGCUACGGGAAAGCGGGAGCGAGCUGCUACUGGUCAUCCGUGAGGUGUUGCAGCAGCUACUGCUAGCCUUGCGGGAAACUCACAAGCGGCAGAUAACUCACAGAGACAUCAAGCUGGAAAACGUUUUGCUUCGUCCAUCCCUGCCCCUUGCUGUUAGACUGGUCGACUGGGGCAGCGCUGUCACCAACGACACGGCAUCGCCCCUGGCCCUUGCCUUAAAGGCUCUGUGGGGAGAAGAAGCCCCUUCAAUACUAGAAGAAUCUGACGGUUACCAGCCUCCAGAAGUUUGGGCUCAGGCCGCAGCGCAGGCGGAGCUGAAGGCAAGCCUCCACAAGCAGCGUUACUACCACGAUCAACAAGAGAAACAGCACUGUGAUGGAGACUGCAGCGCCAGCAAUGGCAGCCAAAACGGAGGCAAUGGCAACAUCAGUAAUGGCCACAACAACAACGGCGCCGGCAGUAAAUACACCAACAGCAGCGACAACAACAACAGCAAAACAAAAGCCGACAGAGACUUGCUGCAUAGACCACCUUCGCACGACAUGUGGGGUGUUGGAAUGAUAUUUCUCAAGUUGGUGCUGGGCACUCCCUCACCUCUGGAACCUAUAGACGACAGGCGACGGGCUAAACUGUCCCAAGCUUAUCAGGGCAAGCCGCCUGAGGUGUUGCGUCACGACUUGCAGAUUCUGGCGCUGAGUGACCUAUGCUUGAUUCCAUGGGCUUCUGAUCGCUUGCCUGCUGCUGCUUCGCCAACGGCUGUCGCUACUACAUCCCAAUCCUUCGCUUUCGCUUCACUAAAGUCUGCUGUAGUGACUGCGGCUGAGAGCUUCUACCUGAACUGGCUGGCACCAUAUAGGGAAAAAGCGACUUCGACAGAGCACCACAGCAAAGAACUUCUUCAAGGUGACGUGGAAAAGGUUGAGACGCAAGAAAAGAAGAAGAAAAAGGAAAAGGGGCUGGAUCGGGAUGGUUUGCUUGCGCUUAUCUCCCGAGUUCGCGGGUUUGCUGAGGGGAGCGAAUUGGUGCUGCGGCAGCAGCAGCAGGCACUGCAACGGCAGCAAACAGCAGGCCUCUUUAGCUUAGAUCAGGAUGACGAUGACGCCCAAUACCUCUUUACACAAAAGGGACAGACAGCGCAAAACAGACAACAGUACCGAGAGUGCGAUGAAGCCCUCUUCGCAGAAAUACUGAGGUUUCGAGACCCUGCAGGCGUCGGGGUGCCCAAUCCGUUAGCUCGCGAUCUUCUCAGGAAGCUUCUGGCUUUUGACCCCCAAGAGAGGUUGUCAGCUGAGGCUGCACUGCAGCAUCCUUGGUUUUCGGUCUCAGCCGCUGCUGCGGGCGCGGUGAAUGAGCAGCACAUCUCGCAGCCUCCAUGA